ACCUCGUCCAGCCUGCUUAACCUUUUUAAGUGAAUUAUAUUUCAGUACUUUUGGUUUGAUUUACACUGAUUUCUUGGUAUUUAUACAUUGUUGUAGAAUAUUUUUAUAGUAUAUUCCUAUGGACUUUUGAGAAAGAAUGCUAAAAUUGUCAGAAUUAAUUGCUUAAUUUUUUUCAGUUGUUUUGAUCACUAUGAAGUGGGUAGGGUAUAAUGUUUUUUUCACUAACUCUUCCAUCACAAACAUUUCCCCCUUUCAUGAUAUCCUUGGUCAUUGCCAUUUUGGUUCACUAUUGUUAGGCCUCUGCUCCUGUCGCUAUUUGCAUACAGUUUGUCAAAGUAAUAGGACAUGUAGGCAACUCAGACAUGAGCUCUGCUUAUUUGAAUUUACUCUGUAUUCCCCUCUCCAGCUAGCUGAGGCCACCGUUCUUCACUUCUAUGUCUGUGCCAGAUUCUAUGAUGGAUUGUGGCACCCUGUCCAUCUGGAUGAGGGUGAAUGUGAGUUUUUAGCAGAAGACAGUCAAGAGAAAUUUUGGAAUUUUGUAGAAGCCAGUCAAAAUAUUGGAUCAUCAGAUCUUCACGGUACUGAUUAUUCCUAUUAUCAUGCAAUAUUGGAAGCUGCAUUUCAGUUUCUGUCACCUCUACAGCAGAAUUUGCUGAAAUUUUGUCUAUCUCUUCAUUCCUACUCGGCAACGAUUCAAGCCUUCCAGCAGAUAGCGGCUGAUGAACCUCCACCAGAAGGAUGUACAUCAUUUUUUUCAGUGCAUGGAAAGAAGACUUGUGAUUUUGUUACUCUUGAGACUCUUCUACUAACAGCGUCUGAAAGACCCAAACCUUUAUUGUUUAAAGGAGAUCACAGAUACCCCUCAUCUAAUCCUGAAAGCCCAGUGGUGAUUUUCUACUCUGAGAUUGGAUAUGAGGGAUUUUAUAAGUUCCACCGCCAACUUGUAUCACAAAGUAAUGAAGGGAAAAUCAAUUAUGUGUUCAGACAUUAUAUAUCUAACCCCAGGAAGGAGCCCGUUUACCUCUCUGGCUAUGGAGUGGAAUUGGCCAUUAAGAGCACUGAAUACAAGGCCAAGGAUGAUACUCAGGUGAAAGGAACGGAGGUAAACACCACAGUGAUUGGUGAAAAUGAUCCUAUUGAUGAAAUUCAAGGAUUCCUCUUUGGAAAAUUAAGAGACCUGCACCCUGACCUUAAAGGACAGCUAAAGGAACUCAGAAAGCACCUUGUGGAGAGCACCAAUGAAAUGGCACCUUUAAAAGUUUGGCAGUUGCAAGAUCUAAGUUUUCAGACAGCUGCUCGAAUCUUGUCUGCUCCUGUUGAGUUGGCUUUGGUGGUUAUGAAGGAUCUUAGUCAAAAUUUUCCUACUAAAGCCAGAGCAAUAACAAAAACAGCUGUGAAUUCAGAACUUAGAACUGAAGUAGAAGAGAAUCAGAAGUAUUUCAAGGGAACUUUAGGGUUGCAGCCUGGAGAAUCAGCUCUCUUCAUCAAUGGACUUCACAUUGAUUUAGAUACACAGGAUAUAUUCAGUCUCUUUGAUGUGUUGAGGAGUGAAGCUCGGGUAAUGGAGGGUCUACAUAGAUUGGGAAUAGAAGGCCUCUCUCUGCAUAAUGUUUUAAAGCUGAACAUCCAGCCCUCUGAGGCCGACUAUGCAGUAGACAUCAGGAGUCCUGCCAUUUCAUGGGUCAACAACCUGGAGGUUGAUAGCAGAUACAAUUCAUGGCCUUCUAGUCUACAAGAGUUGCUUAGAGCCACCUUUCCUGGUGUUAUCCGACAGAUCAGGAAAAACUUACAUAACAUGGUUUUCAUAGUUGAUCCUGCACAUGAGACCACAGCAGAGUUGAUUAACACAGCUGAGAUGUUCCUCAGCAAUCAUAUACCACUAAGAAUUGGUUUUAUGUUUUUGGUUAAUGACUCUGAAGAUGUUGAUGGGAUGCAAGAUGCUGGUGUGGCUGUUCUUAGAGCGUAUAACUAUGUUGCCCAAGAAGUGGAUGAUUAUCAUGCCUUCCAAGCUCUGACACAUAUCUAUAACAAGGUGAGAACCGGAGAAAAAGUGAAAGUUGAACAUGUGGUCAGUGUCCUGGAGAAGAAAUAUCCAUAUGUAGAAGUGAAUAGCAUUUUGGGGAUUGAUUCUGCUUAUGAUCAAAAUCGGAAGGAAGCAAGAGGCUACUAUGAGCAGACUGGAGUUGGUCCCUUGCCUGUUGUUCUGUUCAAUGGAAUGCCCUUGGAAAAGGAACAGCUAGAUCCUGAUGAGUUGGAAACCAUCACCAUGCACAAAAUUCUGGAGACCACAACCUUCUUCCAAAGAGCGGUGUAUUUGGGUGAACUGUCCCAUGAUCAGGAUGUGGUAGAGUAUAUCAUGAAUCAGCCAAAUGUUGUUCCCCGAAUCAAUUCCAGGAUUUUGACAGCUGAGCGAGAGUACCUGGAUUUAACAGCAAGUAGUAAGCAGCAUUUCAGAAACAACUUUGUGCUGUUUUUUAAUUUGUGCUUCCGAAUCUUUGCAUUUAUUGGAUUAAUUUACACGGAAAGUUCCCUUGCUUUAAUUUUAGUAGAGAAGUUUUAUUACUUUUGCUUUGUAUCUUUAAACUUGUCAUUUUUAAAUUUUAUGCAUGGUUUUCAGAAAUUAUUUGGUAUAACAGUAGUGUUGGAACACAUAAUGUGUUUUUUUUUCUUCAACUCAAUUUGUUAUUUUUGUUUUUCUAUAGAUGACUCUUUUAUUAGGCCAGUAACUUUUUGGAUUGUUGGGGAUUUUGAUAGCUCUUCUGGACGGCAGUUAUUGUAUGAUGCUAUUAAACAUCAGAAAUCCAGUAACAAUAUUAGAAUAAGCAUGAUCAAUAAUCCUAGUGAAGAGAUAAGCUAUGAAAACACUCAGAUCUCCAGAGCAAUCUGGGCAGCUCUCCAAACGCAGACCUCCAACUCUGCCAAGAACUUCAUCACCAAAAUGGCCAAGGAGGAGGCUGCAGAGGCCCUGGCUGCAGGAGCUGACAUCGCAGAGUUCUCUGUCGGGGGCAUGGAUUUCAGUCUUUUUAAGGAGGUCUUUGAGUCUUCCAAAAUGGAUUUCAUUUUAUCUCAUGCCAUAUACUGCAAAGAAGUUCUGAAGCUGAAGAAGGGACAGAGGGCUGUGAUCAGCAAUGGAAGGGUCAUCGGGCCACUGGAAGAGGGUGAGCUCUUUAACCAAGAUGAUUUCCACCUCCUAGAAAACAUCAUCUUAAAAACUUCAGGACAGAAAAUAAAAUCUCAUAUUCAACAGCUUCGGGUAGAAGAAGAUGUGGCAAGUGACUUGGUAAUGAAGGUGGAUGCUCUCCUGUCAGCUCAACCAAAAGGAGAUGCAAGAAUUGAGUACCAGUUUUUUGAAGACAGACACAGUGCAGUUAAACUGAGGCCGAAGGAAGGGGAGAUAUACUUUGAUGUGGUGGCUGUCGUUGACCCUGUCACCAGAGAAGCACAGAGGCUUGCCCCGUUGCUCUUGGUUUUGACUCAACUGAUAAACAUGAACCUGAGAGUAUUUAUGAACUGCCAGUCUAAACUUUCCGACAUGCCUUUAAAAAGCUUUUACCGUUAUGUCUUAGAACCAGAGAUUUCUUUCACUUCAGACAGUAGCUUUGCUAAGGGCCCAAUAGCAAAAUUUUUGGAUAUGCCUCAGUCUCCACUGUUCACUCUGAAUUUGAACACACCUGAGAGCUGGAUGGUAGAAUCUGUGAGAACGCCAUAUGAUCUUGAUAAUGUUUAUUUAGAAGAGGUGGACGGCAUAGUGGCUGCCGAAUAUGAGCUGGAGUACCUGUUACUGGAAGGUCAUUGCUAUGACAUCACCACAGGCCAACCCCCCCGAGGACUACAGUUUACCUUAGGAACGUCAGCCAACCCUGUCGUCGUGGAUACCAUUGUUAUGGCCAAUCUGGGCUACUUUCAGCUAAAAGCCAACCCAGGAGCUUGGAUUCUCAGACUCAGAAAGGGACGCUCUGAGGAUAUUUAUAGAAUCUACAGCCACGACGGUACAGAUUCUCCUGCUGAUGCUGAUGAGGUUGUUAUUGUCCUCAACAACUUCAAAAGCAAAAUUAUUAAAGUGAAGGUUCAGAAGAAGGCAGACAUGGUGAAUGAAGACUUGCUGAGUGAUGGAACAAAUGAGAAUGAGUCUGGAUUUUGGGACUCCUUCAAAUGGGGCUUUACAGGAGGACAGAAGACUGAGGAAGUGAAACAAGAUAAAGAUGACAUAAUUAAUAUUUUCUCUGUUGCAUCUGGUCAUCUCUAUGAAAGAUUUCUUCGCAUAAUGAUGCUAUCAGUGCUGAAGAAUACCAAGACUCCUGUGAAAUUCUGGUUCCUGAAGAAUUAUUUGUCUCCCACAUUUAAGGAGUUUAUACCUUACAUGGCAAAUGAAUACAAUUUCCAGUAUGAGCUUGUUCAGUAUAAAUGGCCCCGGUGGCUUCAUCAGCAAACUGAAAAACAGCGCAUCAUCUGGGGUUACAAGAUCCUCUUCCUGGAUGUACUUUUUCCACUGGUUGUUGACAAAUUCUUAUUUGUGGAUGCUGAUCAGAUUGUACGAACAGAUCUGAAAGAGUUAAGAGAUUUCAAUUUGGAUGGUGCCCCUUAUGGCUAUACUCCUUUCUGCGACAGCCGACGAGAAAUGGAUGGCUACAGGUUCUGGAAGUCAGGGUACUGGGCCAGCCAUUUAGCCGGACGGAAGUAUCAUAUCAGUGCGCUGUAUGUCGUGGAUCUGAAGAAGUUUAGGAAAAUAGCUGCUGGUGACAGACUCAGGGGACAGUACCAAGGUCUGAGUCAGGAUCCUAACAGCCUUUCAAAUCUUGAUCAAGUAAGUUGUAAUAAUCCAAUGACCAAAGAGCCCAAGCUGGAAGCAGCUGUGCGAAUCGUCCCUGAGUGGCAGGACUACGAUCAGGAGAUCAAGCAGCUGCAGACCCGUUUCCAGCAGGAGAAAGAAGGGGGAGCACUCCAUGAGGAGCAGACAGAAGCACUGAGCCGAGCAGGACCUCAGAAACGUGAAGAAUUAUGAUCUCUGGAGGAGCACAGGAAAUUAUACCAUUUGAAAAACAAUUUUUAUACUAAAUGCUAGUUUUUUCUGAUCUGUCUAUACAACUGCUGAUAAACUGGCUGGGCAGGUGUGCCACACCGUUUGAUUCUGAGAUUUGAUCUUGACUUCUGCACAUUGGUUCGCACUGGAUCCUUGGGGUGAAGGUUCUGUUGGAUUUGUACCUCAGAGGAAGACAAGUGGCUGAUCUUUUGGGACUCUGUAAUGAGCAGCCUUCUAAUCAGAGCAGGAAAUGGCAGCAGCAACUGGAAGAAAAUGAGUCCUCUGGUGCCCACACCUAGAGCACACACAUGUUGUAUUGUGACAGGAAGCAGGCUAUCCAGAGCCCCCAUGUUCUUCUUUACCUCAGUUUACCUGCAGCCCACGCUGUACUGCAGAUGCCUACCCUGCACUGGGCUUGGCUGGCAGAAGCUUUCUUCAAGGUCCAUGCCCCUCAAGGUUUACACCGACGUGCUUGUGCCUCCCUGCCUUCUCUUCCCAAGUGUUAGGUGCAUUGUUUAAUGGAAACCCAACCAAUUGGGUGUCUUCAGGGCUGGCUUGGUGCAGUGGCUAAGCAGACUAACUGGGGCCAGGAUGGGGUGCGUUGGGAUGAGGGUAGGGAGAGUAAAAGGAGUAGGAGGGCUCUGGGGUAUUGGGGGAAGGGAGGAAGACCAGAAAUUGGCCAUUAUCUUUUGUAAACCAUUAGUACCAUCAUGGCUAUUUGAGAAGAAAACAUUACCCCCAACCCCCACCCAACCCUAAUGGACUUUCUAGGUAAUUGUUGUGUAAACAAUUUUCAUAUUUGUCAAAGUCUUUGCUUUUCUUCCCACUUUCUAAAAUAAUGUCUGUUAUCAAUUUCCUUACUGGAUAUAGCCAUACUAAACCCUUCUAGUGAUCAUCUCAAGAUGAAGGCUCAGGACUCUAUCUGGAUGAUCACUACAUCAUGUGUCCUCUCCUGUGUGGGAUUUUCUCUCAGACCCUGGGGACUGAUGGGUUGGACAUUUCUCUACAAAAUGCUCCCAGAUCUAAGACCAGGAAAGAUUCCAACUGUGGAACUUGUGAUUUUUUUUAUACACUGUCCUAUAUUCCUUUUUCUUCAGCACUGUGGGUUGCUUUUGGCAUCCACACUGGUUGCCCUUGAAUCCUUGUGUUGUGUGUCUUCACUUUGACAGCCCAGCAAUUGUCCCUUGGAGAGCAGCAUUUGCCAGUAAAUGGCUGUCGAGGCUUUGGGCGUGGCGCUGGCCUGAACGGCUGUGAGGCUCCAGUGUCCUGGCUCCAUCCCUGCCCAGGCUGCCAGCAUAGCAGCGCCUGGUGGGUGUGUACCUGCCUUCUAAGGCACCCAGGCCUUUUCUUUCAUGUUUUGCCUGCUUUUAAAAAACAGGAGGCCAGCGUGCAAAUGGAUAGCUAAGCCCCCACCCUUCUAAGCCAGGUAAUAUAUUGAUGUGCAGUCUUUUAAAAAAAUCAUAUUCUUAUCACAAAUAUCAAGUAAUUUGUUUUUUCCAUCCAUUUUCAAAUGCAAAAGUUAGCUUAGAAAUGCAAAUGUUAGCCAGUCAUUCUGAAGGAUAUUUUGAGUUUGCUUUCAUAAUUCCAUUAAAAAUUGGGGAGGGGAGAUCUUAAAAGAGAAUUAAAUAAACUGAACUGAGACUAAAAGUCCCUCAGAAUGGCUGCUCUUGACAAAGAGUGUAGCAUGAUUUCCUUCCAUCGUGCCCCUCACCUGGCCAGAGCAGCUAAAGAGAUAGGAUCCGUGAGAUUAAAAAACAUUGGUUCAAGCUUCAUCUUUACAUUUAAUUAAGUUUUCAGAGAGACUGCUGCUGCUGCUUUCUACAACCGUGGACAAAAAUGUGCAUUUUCCCAGUUUAUUGUCUGGGAAAUUGAACAGGAGAUACUCUGGUCACUAGGUUAUGCUUUGUAAAUUCUGGUUCCUGUGAGACGUGGAAUUGGCCACCUUUCUCUGCGUCUUCCUACCAGUCUCUUAUGCAUUCACAAGGAAGGUGCAGAGUACACUGUGUUCUCUCUGUGGUGUACGUGCUCUGGUGUCACUUGUUGCCCCUUCCCCAUCACCACUCUGAUUGAAGUCAGAGUCAUAGUUGACUCUGAAUAAGGCAGGACCCAGCUUGCUUCUGCAAUGGUCUAGGGCCCUCCUUCUGACAGUUUCUUUUUUUGUUCACGUGGCAUAAUCAACUUUCAAAAUUAACUGCAUCCCUAGGAAAUGAUGUUACUGCUGAAAUGUCAUCUUGCUCAGCUGGUCUGUUGUCCAUGCCCUGAGAAUGCAUACUGUGGCUGAAAAGAUAGGUGUGGGAGAGUUUCUCCAAGAAGCAAGAAUUGAUUAUGUUGAGUGUUCAAGCUUCUGGAAACUGUUCACAGUGUGGUGUUCUUAGCCAUCAUUUUUAUAUAAUAGAUUUUUUUUCCUCUCAAUCAUGCUAUAGUGGAAAGUUUUCUUUCUGAAUAAAGAAAGAGUAAUAUGAAAAUGUGCUAUGUCAGAAUGACAUGCAGCAACAAGAGCCUGAUUCUAUGUUCUUUGAACAGGGACAUUUGAUUGACAUCAAAUCAUGUCACAGCCUGCUGCUGGGGCUGUGGGGGCAUGCCAUGGCCAGGGUACUGAAUGCUCACCACUUGGAGGGUGAUGGCAUGUUGGUUUUCCAUAAGAAUGAUAAAGUUGUGAAUCUGUCAAGAUGUUGCAUUUCGAAUUGAACGUACAUAUUUGCGUGUCUACUAAGUGCACAAGCAUCAUGGUGAACUCAACUCUUGGGACAGUGUAGAUUACAUAUAUAUUUGUAUUAAGAAACAGUUUCCAUGAAGGAAGUUUAAUUUACUCUGCUGUCCAGAAGCCCUCUUGUUCAGAACCAUGUCACAGCUCUGCCUGAGCUUUAACCUGGUUUCAGGGACAGAGUCUCUGAGUGGAAGGCUUGGAGCUAGGGACGGUAGUGCAGCUUUUGGAAGAAACUUGCCCAGGUGAUGAGGAGGAAAGAUAUCCCAUAGUUUCCUUAAGCCAGGAUUCAUAUUUUAUUGACUCCAUAAUUUGACACAGGUCAGGCACAACCUCUCAUAGCAAUGAGUUUAAAAUGACUCUGUUUCUCCCCACCUCCCCCAUGAGUAAGUUCAGAUACUUGAAAGCAGUCCUUUUCUAAAACUGCCAUGCCUAUUUUCGCCUGAAUGAUUAAAAGAAAUAAUUCAGAGUUAAUAUGGACCCAAAAAAGGUAUCAGUUCAUGUUUUCUCUGCCUUGAUGUAGUGAGAGAAAGGUCUUAAUCAGGACCUUGGUAAUUACCUGGCUGAAUUAAGCAAAUUAAACAUCAUUAACUCAGGUGGUUAUUGAUAUUUCAGAGCAUCUGGAGGAUAUAGAUUUCUCAUUCAUUAUUUGGUCUUUCAUUUCUCUAUAUAAUAUAGAAGCAACACUCCUGGUGGCAGUAGUGGCAAUGAGUCAGUGAGUUGAGUGGAGGCUCUUGCUCCCUCAGGGUGUUGAGUACUGACAAUUUAUAAAAACGAAUCACAAAACCAGUUUCAAGAGGCUGCAUGCUCCCUGGAAGUAGUCCAUAAAGUCUAAGCUCUGUGGCAAGGACUCGCAAGCAAGAGGGCCUUCCCUGAGUCUUUCCCUGCACCCAGCAGCUCAGAGGCCAGAUGAGGAAGGUUUGCUGGGGCAGAGUUGGUGUCUGGAGCCGAGGCCCUGUCCCGCCGGUAUUGUAUGCAUUGCCUUAUUGUAGAUUUCCGGAGAGAUGGCAUGAUGCCUCUUAACAACAACAAGCGAAAUUCGUUAACCUGAGGUUGACAAUUUGAGAACAAAAGGUUAUCAAGCACCAUGUUUUCCAACCAGUUAUCUAUAGAAAUAACAAGGUAAACAUGGAAAAAUGGAGGAAAUGAUAGAAUUUUUAAAGAAACUAUGUACUUUAAAAAAAUCUUUAUGAAUAUCCAAUUUUACUGUAAUCCUGUUCCAUUAAAUGCAACAUGGUGUUCAGGUGCUGCCCCUUGCUUGGGAAUAGCAUUGGGGUCUUAAAUGUCUGCAGAAUCUCUGCAUCUGAAGGGAAUUGAGAAUGAAUUUCCUGGUACUGUAAUGAAAAUAAGGUCUGCUCAACACAAUAAACUUGUUCCUCUGUUCUUUAAAA